AAAAAAAAUAAAAAUAAAAAUCUACAUAAAAUGAAAAAUCGUCUUAAAUAAUCGAGAUCUCAAUUUAAGUCACAAUAAUCGUGAUUAUUGUUUUUGCCAUAAUCGAGCAGCCCUACUUUAGCAUAUCCGGUCACAUAAUGAUGAUGUCAUAUUCAGUGGUCGUUCUGCAUCAUUUCUGGCCUCGUGGUCAACUGUCUGAACCGCUGAACAGAAGUGCCUGGCUUAUUUUCUAAGUAAAAUAAAUAUGUGCAAUACAUUGUCAACAUCAGUGAGUCUCUAAGUCUAUGCUUUUUGUAUGUUAUAUAUGUUAAAAUAUGUGUAAAUAGGUAGCUGAUUAACACUUGCAAUUUAGUGUUGUGACGGUUUAAAAAAAAUUCUGAAGGUAGUAAAAAAAAGUAUUAAAAAGUAGUAAAUUUUACUUACGGAUUGCUGUAUAUACCCUGAAUAUGCACUAGAUUGGUGUUUAGUUCCUUUUUUCCCAUUGGAUAUUUAUAGUUAAAAUAUUUUUAAAUAUUUGACCUACAUUUCAGUAACAUUUUAGGUUUGUAUUAAAAACACUCAUCUCAGUCUAAAUGACACAUAAAUAUAUUCAGUAAAAUAUCAUUAACAUGCAUUUUUAUUGGAUAUGGUAAUAAUAUUUAAUUUCUGCUGCUAACAAUGUAACAGUGGCGUGUCUGUUAUGUACGGCUUGUGAAUAAUCCAGUUCAAAUUAUGUUCAAAGAUGGAAGCGUUUGUGAAUUAUAUACUACAAUGGCUUGCCAAAGGACUUGUAGCAGUAAUGUGACUCGUAUCUGCAGCGGUUCUGAUGAGUACUGCUGCAGGAUGCAGAAUAAACAGUAUGGUGGGGACUUUUCAUCCGCUUGUAGAGUUUAGUCUUUCUUAAUUUUACGAUCAUCAUGUAUUUUUCUGUGUGCCACUUGAUAAUGAGACUGCUACCUGUUAGCUUUAGCAUUAGCCAGUCUGCGUGUAGCUGCACUUUUGAUCCCAAACUUUGGACCGGUUCUGCCUUUGUGCCUUUGCUCGUUCCUUUAUUUUCCUCCACUGCAUCCAGAUUUCCACACUGUGCGCCAGCAAAAAGCAUUUUUCUUACACGUAACUUACUUUUGUUCAAUAAAGUUCUGGGGAAAAUAGAAAUUCGAAGAUGUUGCACCAGUGCUUUGUUUAAAAAUAGACAGACACGCACAGACAGUUUUUGUCGUCGCACUGUACAGCUCUGCUAUGGAAGAGCCUGGGUGAAAUCAGGACGUCAAUAGCACCAACCAUAGAUAUGUACCAACUAGUGAGAAAAGCAAGUUUUGAUCUUUGUCUGCUGCGGUUUUGCCGCUUUUCGGUGAACCGCUGCUCAUACAACGCCCUAGUGGCGCAAUGGUGCAUCUGCUGUUAAAAUAACAUCAAUAUAGCUGGGGGCAGAGUGAAAUCAGGCUGGGGCGGCACAAAAUUAGCUGGAGGCAGCCACCACACAAAUUAGAAUGCAGGAAAAACCCUGGCACAUUAGUUGAUUAAGCUAGUGGGAGCUUGCGCCAUGGGGAAGUGCAAGUUUUAUGGUAACUGGAUGGCUAAUCCCACGUUCGUGACGUGGUUAACACCGGUUCCAGGCAAUAGCUGGAAAUUAUAGCUUGAAUUUAAUUUUAAAAAUAGCUUACAUUUGGUCAAAGUGGCCUUAAAGGUCUGAAAAAGUCUUAAAUUUGGCUCCCUUAAACCUGCACAUACCCUGUAAUGAAGACGAGUAUUAGAAUUUGUCUUAAACCCGAAAUUGCAUUUUUUUAAUUAUUAUUACACUCUUCAAAGGGUAGAACCAGAAAAAUGCCUUUUUCAGCAGGUUGGCAUGGCAGCUUGUUAGCAGUCAGAGAGGAGAGUCUGACACAUGAGACAUAUGAAGAUUUGUUUAAUUUCUACAGCAGCAUUGUUGUAUCAGCUCAGCCGUAAUAGAAGUUGGUGUUUUGGAAUAAAUGAUUAAUAAAGUCUCAUUUUGCAUUUGCUUUCAGGGCAACUAGCAGUGAGCAUGUAGCUAAUGUUGGCUGACUAGGAGGUGCUGCUGGUGAACAUAAAUGUAGUAUAGCAAUGUUAUAUUUACUAAAUAGAAACAACAAACAUGAUCAAAUGUACUUGUGAAAAGUAAUCCCUGAGCUAUGCAACUUCAGAGUAUUCAGGCUGGUCCCUGUUCAUCUCAGUAAAGUGUAGCUGACAUGCUGGAGCUUGAGUCUGCCUCCAUUGCAUGUUGCCUACAUGUCUUCAAUGUUGAACACAGUUCAUUUGUUUGAUAUAGUGAAACUGCUCCUGUACAAACUAAUGAAGGCUGAGGACACAUUUUUGCAGUUAGAUGAAGGUGUUAAAAAGACAAACGCACCGCAAGAAGUUAAGUAGCAUUUCUGCUUGUUAAACAGUCAAUUACUUACAAACUUUAGGGGGUGCUAAAAGCAAGCAGGAACUGCAUUGUUUCCCUUUUAAGGUACAAAACUGGUUAUUUUGUAUGUUUAGAACUUUACUUAAAGAGCAAGUCAACCCCUACCAGAGUCUAACUCCACUCUCACUUCAUGUUUGAAAAAUGCAACAAAUGCUGUUGCCUGGCAGACCGGGAAGGCGGAGCUGCUAACAAAUACACACACAGGCUCACAACAUCAUUGUGACAUCAUAAUGUACCAGUUUACAUCAUAGCAUACCUCUUAGCCAAUAGCGGUGGCAGAUUUAAAUUAAAAUACAGUGCAGAGUUUUUACCUGACAACAGCACAACACUGCCAGUUUUAGGCAGAAUAUUUAAAUUUGAACUAAGAUGCACUGAAGUGCCAAGUUAUUGACUACACGUGUCUGCCUCACGAUUAGACACUCGUUUAUUUAGUUUAUCAGCAAAAAAUAGUUUAGUUGGGGGUGACUUGCUCUUUAAUGUUUAACAAGUGACAGGCAACUUGUGUGACAGUCAGUUGUGUAGUGCUUGGAGCUAAUGUGGGGUUGCCUUCUAAAUAAUUAACUUACUUUAUUUGUUUCAAACAGCAUUCACCAUGCCUGGCAAAGUGUCCAAACGCAAGGCGGAUGCUGCCAAGCGCAGCAAACGUCCACCUCCGCCCCUGCGUAUUGGGAUUCCAACGCCUAGCAGUGACGACGUUCAUCUCUCUGGUACCGGCUGGCGCCAUAGAGUUCGUCGUUGGCCAACUAGUGCAGUGUCCAACAAAUCUCACAAGUUGGUCCUUCCGGGUGGGAUUCCUGACAAGAAAUUCGUCCUACUUGUUGGGGACUCCCACUUGAGGUCCGUGGCAGACGGCAUAGUCCCUAUGCCGGUUGGCGGCCUCACUUUUGGAGUGAUGUCCACUCCAGGAGCUUGUGCAGAUCUUCUGCGCCUUGAGGUUUCACAGGCUGUGUUACCUCGGGAGCCUGAUGCUGUUUGCGUCAUGGCUCCUUCUAACAACCUUACGGCCAGCAGAACAGUUGAAGAGGCAGGGGAUGCUUUUGAGCGGUAUCUUUUGGCUAUUCUCAGUCGCUGGCCUAAGGUUUUCUGUACCGCCAUGAUUCCCCGUUUAGUUGGAUCCUGGGAGCGUCAAGACCUGUUUCAGCAGGAGUACCACCGCAGAUCGGCUAAGCUACGUGUAAGUUACGUGCCGAUCCACGAUGACCUACCCAGGUACCGUCGCGAACUGUGGUGCCGUGAUGGUAUCCACCUCAGUGAUGACCACGGGAUGCCUAUACUCACGCAACUGAUGUGGAAUGCCUCCUAUCAGUUCUUGGAGACACCCGCACCAAAGCCACUGGUGCAGCACCAGGUGUCUCGUCCGCUGAAAGCGAGUAUUGUGCCCCGUGUGGUUGUGAAGGGUGUGGAACGCAUUCCACCUCCACGCCCUUCCGAAUGGACGUUCGUGAGACCUAGCGGGAAGAGGAACCAUUCAGGGGAAUUUGAAAAGGCUUCUAAUUCCCCCAAGAAACGAGUGGUUCUUUCUGAGACUGAUGACACUUCAGUGGCCUUGAAGGAGUGUUUCAUCCCCCUGAAUCCCGUUAGGUUCUCACCUACAAUUCUGGCUGCCAUGGACACGCUUGCUCCAUCGGCUCUUGGUGAUGUUCCCACAGACAUCCAGGUAUCUUUAGACAAAGGCUUUAUUAUCUCUUAAUGUAUAGUGUAAUGGUGUUCCUGAUGGUUGUAAUAUGGG